AUAAAUCUGGGCUGGGGAAGUCCACCCUGGCCAAUAGCCUCUUCCUGAUAGACAUGUGCAGAGGCCUCAAGCUGCUGAACGCUGAAGGUGAGGAGGGGAACAGUGGCAGGGAUGGGGUAUCCUGGCUGUGCGGGUUUUGGAGCAGCCUAUUGAAACAGCCAACGAAAACUGUGACCAAGGCAGACACCAACCAACCAAAUAAAGAAGUUAAGGAGAGCAAUAGUAAAGAACUAAAUAAGGCGGAGUCCCCAGCCAGCGUGCCGUCAAGGGCAAACUUUCCCAAGGAGCUGCAAAGUUUAGCAGGGAAGAGGCUCUGGGUUUCUGAGGCCUUGGAGACCAUUUGGCGGCAGUCCCCGAGCCCACCACCAUCGCCGGGAAAGGGAAGGCCACGCAGGAGGAGCAUCUGCCUGCUGGUGCCUUGGGACAAUGAACCACUGGUGCUGCCCCCUGCACCUGACCCCGGCUACCCCAUCACAGAGGAGAUCAUAGAGGAGGAGAGGAAGGCAGCACAGCAGCAGUUGCGCCGACUCCUGGGGUAUAAGGCAGCAGAUGAGGUCCCCAGCACCACUGCAGAGGGUAUGUCCAUGUCUGGGCCACUGGCUUGCACCGUGACCUCACCAUGGCCUGCUCCUGCCCCAGCUAGCACCAGCUCACUCCCAGACAGCCUGAAUCAGAUGCAGAGCAGUGUGGCUGCACCCAUGCUCGCGGACUCCACUGGAGCUGCAGUAGUGUCCCAGCCACUUUCAUCAGCUGCCCAGCUGCCUGCUCCGGCUCUGUCACUGGAGUUGAGUUCUCUGCCUGCCACCUCUGCUGACACCAAGCCUGUGCCUGUGCUCAGCACAUCUGCCCUGACUGUUCCUGUUGCCCCCAGCAGCACAGCACCUCCUGCAUUCACAGAGCUGGGCCAGACCCCCAGCAAGCCUCUCUCCUUCCCAAAGCCAAGCGUCCUUUCUGAGACGCCAGACACCACUCCCUCCAACCAGCUGGCAAUGAAUGCAGGCACUGCUGUGCCUACCACAACCCCUGUCUUCAAACCCAUCUUUGGUGAGAGCUCAGCCCCCUGUGCAGCUGUUGUCUCCACCACCAUCACCAUGCCUGUGAGCUCAGGCCCUUCCUCAACACCCUCUACCACCACCAUGUUCAAGCCCAUCUUCAGCAGUGUCAUCACAGCUUCAUCUGCAGUAAACACCUCUCCUUUUGCCUUCCAACCGUCACUGCAGCCGGCCUCGGGUGCAGAUCUGCCUGCAGCCUCCACAACAACCCUGGCAGGAUUCACAGGUCUCCCUAACGUCAUCUUCACCACGGCAGCUAUGACAGCCACCACAGAGAGUUCAGACGCCACCAUCAAACCUGUCUUCAGCUUUGUCAUCAAUGCACCCGCCUCCACCGGCCCCACCACCAGCCUGACCAUGACCACUGCCACAGCCACCAGCAUGUCACAGCCCUUCCUGUUUGGGGGUCCGGCCACCUCAGCUCCCAGCACAGAAAUCAGCUUUGCCACCCCAGUGUCCACGCUCCAGUGUGGAAAGCCAACUCCAGCCGCAGUCACUGCCACCAGCACUAUCCCAGGAGGCCCUGCCUUUGGCCAAGUGCCUUCAAACUUGACGGCUCCUGCCACUACUGCAGGCUUUAGUGUAUUUGGCAGUGCCACGCUGACCUCUUCUACCCCAGCCACCACAAGCCAGGUGACACUGACGUUUGGCUCCCCCGCUUCAGCCUUUGGCAGUUGUGCCGGCGCAGCUGCGAGCCAGCCAGCCACCAGCCAGCCUGCUGCUGGCCCCAGCAGCUUUGCCCCUACAUUCAGCUUUGGAGCCCCUGCAGCCCAGUUGGCUGCUCAGCCCACAUUCGGCAGCAGUGCUCAGCCAGCCUUUGGCACAGCCAGCACCCAGGGCUCCUUCGGCACCAGCAGCACCCAGGUGGCAUUUGGGACCACCACAUCGGUCUUCUCCUUUGGGACAGCCACCUCCACCACCGCCAGCUUUGGUUCCACCACCCAGACCACGAGCAGCAGCAGCAGUGGCAGCACCAUCUUCGGCACCACCCCUUCUCCUUUCACCUUUGGGGUGACCACCCAGCCAGGACCCUCCACCAGUGCCUUCGGGGUCAGCACGCCAGCCCUGAGCAGCGGCUCCCCUGCUGUACCUUUCAGCUUCGGGGCUGGGCAGAGCGGGGCGGCCCUGGCAGCAACACCAUUCGGCUCCUCCCUGGCACAGAGCACGCUGGGGGCACAGAGCCAGAGCACACCCUUCGCCUUCACCAUGUCCAGCACACCCAACAGCGGGCCUGUGUUUGGAGGUGAGUCGGGGCGGACGGGGCUUCUGCGGGGCUGAAGGGCAGGGUUAGAUUUA